AUGGGAGCCUCAAAUCAGAAAGCAAAAAUUACAACAGGAGAGGAAAAUGGAAAGAUGGUCUCAGAGACCAAAGCCUUCACAGGAUUUGAACGUGUGAAAGGAGAAGACCCCCUCAUCAGCAGAACCUGGGGCCUGGACCACUCCGACAGGCGGGAAACUGUACACAGUGCUGCUGGAACAACGGUCCGGGCGUCGCGGCGUGGGAACAUGCACUCUGCCAAGAAGCACAAGAAGGGCCUGAAGAAGAUGCAGGCCAACAAGGCCAAGGCCAUGAGGGCAUGUGCUGAGGCUAUCAAGGCUUGCAUCAAGCCCAAGGAGGUCAAGCCCAAGAUCCCAAAGGGCGGCAGCCACAAACUCAAUCGACUAGCCUACAUUGCUCACCCCAAGCUCGGGAAACGUGCUCGUGCCCGCAUUGCCAAGGGCCUCGGGCUCUGCCAGCCAAAGUCCAAGGCCAAGGCUCAAACCAAGGCCCAGGCUGCGGCUGGGACUCCAGCUCCUGCUGCAGCUCAGGCUCCCAAAGGUGCCCAGGCCCCCACAAAGGCUCCAGUGUGA